AUGGCUCGUGGAAACCAGCGCGACAAGGCCCGCGAGGCCAACCUGAAGAAGCAGGCCGCCCAGAAAAAGGGAAACACCAUGACCGGCACCCAGAUGCAGAAGGCCAAGGAAGAUGCCGCCGAGAUUAUGCGAAAGAAGCAGGCUGCCGCUGAGGCUAAGAAGUCCGGUGAGGCAGCCAAGUAA